ACGUCAUAUCCUACCUACCACUUGUUUAAAUAUGGAGGACAGCAUAGAGUGAACAGAGAAAAUGAGUCAAACUUCCAGUCGUGCUUCGACACCAGGCGGUUUUCCCAGAAUUCCUCCAAUCAUCACCAAUGAAUCUGAUCGUGUGUUUCUUUGUGAUCUGAAUGAUUACAUCGAAAGUGAAAUCCAGAAUGUGAACAGUGAGGAGGCAGAACAGAGAUACAUUGUUUACAGGGAUGCAUUUAACAAGAUAAUUGAGUAUGUAACAGCAUACAAGCCACUACUGACAGCCAUUAAGAAGGAGUACGAAUGCACUAUUGAUUCUAUCAGGAAAGGUCAGCAGGAGGCUGACUAUUUAAAUGGCAAACUGAAAGCAAUGGCCUCUGAGCCGUCUACCAUCAGAAAUUACAAAAAGAGAGCUGAUGAACUCGAAGAAAGGAAUGCGAUAAUCGAAAAAGAUAAUGAAAAGCUUCAACAGCAGUUACAGGAUCUGAGAUCUAAAAGACAGAAGAGAGAGGAGUUAGAAAGAGAAGUGGCAGAACCACCAAAGAGAGAGCUGAAAAAAGACCGAAGACUUAUACCAGGAUUAACACUGGAGGAAGCUACCGACUUAAACCUGCUGUAUAAAAAUUUAGACGUCUUAGAUCGACAACUAAAAGACUUAAAUAUAAGUUUUAGGACAAGAUAUGUUCCAAAAUCUCAAAAAGUUGACUUUAAAAACAAAUUAGAUUCUAAGGUAAAUACUAGAGACCAGUUAUUGCGGCAAGGCCUUAUCUACAGAGCAAAGAGAUAUCGAUUAAAAAUUGCUGUGGAGGCUGCACAAGCCUACAAUCGCUUCAAGCCUCCCCAUCAGACGGUGGGUGAUGCUGUAAUGUUUGCCAUUGCUCAGGCCACUGGACUGCAGGUGCAAGAAAAAGAGGCAGGGCAAGAGCAGAACCAGGGGGAGGGGGAGAAGAGGGAUGGUUCCCCCAGCGCUGUAAACACCACAUCGUUUGAAGAUGAUGACCCCAACAAGGAGAAGGAAGCAGAAAUGAUGCUGGAAUACAUCGAGAAGUUCAAUGAGUUGUUCGAGGAUGGAAAGUAUGAAGAGGCGGCCAUUCAUGCUGCUAAUAGCCCCAAAGGAAUCUUGAGGACCUCAGCCACGCUGGCCAAGUUCAGAGAUGUGAAGGUGAGACUGACCUAUCGAUCUCCACUCUUGGCCUUCUGUGAUGCCAUCAUGGCCUCUGUAGGAGCUGUUGGUACCAAGCCAACCAGUGAGUUGUCCACAGAUUGUGUACAGUGUGCCCUUAAUGAGAACAGACUAGAUCUUCUGUCCCACUGGAUAUCGCAGGACAGAUUAAUGCUGAGUGGACAAAUAGGUGAUUUGAUUAGUGGACACUGCAGCUGUAAGGUCCCAUGUAAAUGUGGCUGUCAGGCCCUGGCUCAGAAUGUUUACUCCAAACUCCACCGCCACCACCAGGCCAUCGUCUGCAUGCUCAAACAGGGCCGGGUCCAUGCAGGAAUCGAUUAUGCCAAAAACAAGUCUCCCUUCACAAAGGAGAUGUAUGUGGAGGUGCUGAGGAUGUGUCCAUCUCUACAACUUAUGCAUGCCCUUGUGGCAGAGGAUGACCAGGGGUCAAGGCCUCUACCUGUAGGAGUGGUCAUCUUGACUGUCCUGGAGAAUAACAGCUUUGAUCUGGUUUUACCAUUUAUUCAAGAACUGCAAAACACAAGAUCAGCAGAUGAUCCAAACACAAGUCUGUUUCAUGCAGCAGUGUUGGAUGAUAUGGAUACCAGCAGUGACCAGUGGGACUGUUUAGUGAGGAUCUUACAGGACCAGGGCUACGGUGAAACUGCCACCAAUGUUCUCUCCACCAUCACUGUCAUGUCUGCCAUGAAAACUGUUCUGUACAAGAGUCUGGCUGAUGACAGACCAGAGAGUGCUGCCACCCAGGGGUAAAUGAAGGGUGCUGCCACCUAGUGGUUUAGUGACCCGUACAUGUUGGCCUCCAGUUUCUGAGGAUUUCUGUGAUACUUGAAAUGACUAAGUGAACAAAUGUAAUUUGACACUGAAUAAUCUGCAAAUAAUGGAAGCAAUUAUAUUGUCCCCUGCCAUUAGACCUGAACUUACAAUGCUAAUUGUAUAUCUGUAUAUGAAAAAAAAAAAUUAAUAAAAAAUAAACAUCA